AUGUUUAUCCGUUUAUUAAGGCCAAGAUCAGUUCUCCUGAUACCAAAGAGGGGAAGGGUGAAAACUAAAUGGGCAACACACAAGAAACAAAAGCUACCUUCACUACUAGCACUAGAGCAUUUUGACCGCUUUUAUGCACCCAUGUAUGAUAAGCUGUGGCCAUCAAUCAGACUGGCCCUUUUGUCCCAACAGAAAUAUGGGGCACUCAUAAAUAACUACUCAAACAAUGUGGACAGUGCAGUACUGGACCUUAUUGACACAGGUGCAGAUAAUUUUGUUCAAAUUGCACAAAGUCAUAAAUUAAGUGAAGCAUCUGACAUUGUUGACAAGAUUGGACUUAAAAAGGAUGUGAGUAUACCUGAAAUUCUUGAAAGCUUACAAAAGGAAAAAGAAAAACCUCCCUUGGUGCAACAUGAUGAUGGCCACCAUGUAGAAACAGAGUUAGAUUCAAACUUGUAUGAAUAUAUGCCAGUUGAGACAGUAUAUACAGAAGAUGAACUAUUAGAACUCAAAGAAACAGAGGAGAACAUUUUCCGCCCUCAGGAUUUUUCAGUUGAUCUGAUUGAGGACACUUCUCUGUCCUUGCCCAUACAACUUAAGGUCCAUACAUUUAGUCGGGGAAAUGUCACAAUGUUUCAACCUCCAAAGGGUGAUAGUCACAGAUUACUUGAUUAUUAUCUACUGGAUGCUGCCUCAACACUACCUGUGCUAGCCCUUGGGUUACAACCAAGAGACAAGGUUUUGGAUCUCUGUGCUGCUCCAGGUGGGAAAGCACUUACCAUUCUCCAGACAGGACUUACAGACAAGCUGACAUGCAAUGAUAAUUCACACAGUAGGCUGGGGCGUCUUAAGACAGUGCUGAACUGGUAUAUUCCUGCAGCAGACAAAAUCACUAUUCUGAAGAAAGACGGCACCAAACUAGGCCAUAUCAUGACAGAAAUGUUCGAUAAGGUGUUGGUAGAUGUCCCAUGUUUGACAGAUAGGCACAUGUUACAGACAGAUGACAAUAACAUUUUCAGCUCUGGGAGAAAAAGAGAGAGAUUGAGUCUCGGCGACACACAGAAACAGUUGCUAUGUUCUGCGAUACUUGCGUGUAAGCCAGGUGGCUCUGUUGUAUACAGCACCUGCACACUUUCACCCAAUCAGAAUGAUGGCGUCAUACAAAGCACUCUGGAAUGGCUCUGGGAGAAUACAAAGAUUGACGUUUCUGUGUGUAAUUUAAAACCAUUGGCAGAUGCAUGCUCGAAGACUUUUAGAUUUUACGAACAUUGUAGAUAUGGACAAUUAGUCAUACCACACAUAAGGGCUAAUUUUGGACCAUUAUACUUUGCCAAGUUGAUGCGAAUAAAUUAAAGUUUGAUACUCCAUUUGAAAAUGUAUGUGAUGUUCCUGCCCAAAAUGAAU